GUAGUACAAGGCAGUGGAAGUGUAAGUUCAUAACAUGAAAAUAUGUAACCAGUUGACCACAGUGCAAUAUUAUAUGGAAAAAUAUGUUCAUAUUUUACUUGUUUUAGAUGCAAAAUGUUUGACAUGCUUUUAGAAUGUUUGUAGCUUUGCAAAAAACUGCGUGACUUCUUGUAUUUUGAAGCUUCUCUUUGUUAUAUUUUAGAAAAUAUAAAGGUUGAAAAAUCCAAAAUUCUGAAAUAGAGCCAACAAAAAGUUCUAACAACUCAAGUUUAUCCAUUUAUAGAUUCAUGUGGGAUAGUAUUGCUAGAAUCCACUUUCAGCUUUACCUAAGGUCUCAUAGUCUCAUAAUACUUAGGUCUCGGGUAGUUAUCAGAAAUAUUUACCAUUUAGCAAUAUGUUAGGCACAUUUUCUGAAAAAUUCAAAAUAUUCUGGUCAGUGACCUUUCCGAAAUGCUAACUCGGACCUUUUUUCAGUUACAUUUUCAGAGGGCUGAAAAAGUUAUUUCAGCAUGGUAAGGGUCAUUUUGACCAUGACCAUAUAUGAUAUAUGGGAUAUAUGAUGAUAUAUGGGAGUAGUACAACUGACUGAAGAUCAAAGCAGUCUUGCAUAUUUUUCAAAUUUUCUGUUCACUUCCAGUUCACCUUACAAAGGCAAUUUUGAAAAUUUUGGUUAGCUCUAAAAUGCCACAGAUUUACUGCCAUCAAGCUACUAAUCUGGAAUAUGCAAAAUAAUUGUGUCUAAAGUGCUCACCAUGAAUAAAUAACACCUGGAUUUUCUAUCACCAUUUCCAGACCAUGGUAAUUUGAGACUUCAUACUUUCCAAUAAUGUCUAGAUACACAUCCCUUAAGUUUUGUUUAUUUUACAUUUUGUAUACUCUCAUCCACUGAUGUAUAGCCUCUUGAAAAUUCUCUUCUUUUUAACUUGGGAAAUCCUCACUUCAGCCAUGGGCUUUCAACUAGACUUAUGGCGAGCACUGUAAUAUAUGAAUGUAUUUUUCCAUAUAGUAUUGCACUGUCUUCCUUCGAUUACUUAUUCUAGGUUUGAUGGACUUACAUUUCCACUGCCUCUUACUUCAAACAUCAAUUGAAUGAAUUGUAUGCAGUAUCAUCUAGAUCUACUCUACUGGAGAAACCCUUAGAAAGUCUAACAACUGACUGCUGAACUUUGAAUUACUUGGAAUUUUACUUAUAUAGUUCUACCAAAGAUUUGUUAUGGAUAUGCAGAAUCAAUGUGGGAACUUGAACCUUAACGUACAUACAGGAGAAAAGAAUCACAAAUGUGAUGUUUGUUCAAAAACAUUUGCUCGUAGGUAUCAUCUUACGAGACACUAUAGAAUCCAUACUGGCGAAAAGAAUUUUAAAUGUGAUAUAUGCUCUAAAACAUUUGCACGGAAAUCUUGUCUUGUAGUACACCUUAAAAUACAUACAGGAGAAAAGAACUUUGAAUGUGAUGUUUGUUCUAAAGGAUUUGCAGAAAAGUGUCAUCUUACUAGUCACAUGAAAAGCCAUUCUAAAGAAAAGAAUAUCGAAUGUACUGUUUGUUAUAAAAAAUUUGCACGAAAGUCUAAUCUUGAAUCCCAUCUCAAAGUACAUACAGGAGAAAGUGUUUUCAAAUCUUCUGCAAAGGAUUUCAAAUGUGAUGUUUGUUCUAAAACAUUUGCAACGAAUUAUCAGCUUUUAAAGCACUAUAAAGGCCAUACUGGAAUAAAGAACUUCAAAUGUGAUGUUUGCUCUAAAACAUUUGCUCAAAAGUCUAACCUAGCAAAACAUGUAAAAAUACAUACUGGAGAAAAGGACUUCAAAUGCAAUAUCUGUUAUAAAACAUUUAUGCGGAAAUAUCACCUCAAAGUACACUAUAAAGUACAUACAGAAGAAAAGGAUUACAAAUGUGAUGUUUGUUCUAAAACAUUUGCAACCUCCUCUAUUCUUACAAGGCACUAUAAAACCCAUACUGGGGAAAAGAAUUUCAAAUGUGAUGUUUGCUCGAAAACCUUCGCAGUUUCCUAUACUCUCUCAAGACAUUAUAGACUACACACAGGAGAAAAAACUUUAAAAUGUGAUGUUUGCUCUAAAGAAUUUGCAACAAAUUGUAAUCUUGUUGCGCACCUAAAAGUACAUACAGGAGAAAAGCGUUUUGCAUGUAAUGUGUGCUCAAAAGCUUUUGCAGAAAAUUAUACACUUAAAAAACACUAUAAAAUCCAUCAAUGAAAUGGUAUAUGACUCUUAACCCUAGAGUUCCUAAGUCUGAUUAUUUUCGAUAACUUAUGAAGUAAGCAUUUGUUAAGCCUGAUUUACAUGUAGCUGCUCUCAGGGAUAUAGGAAUACUUUCUUGCAUCUGGAGCCUCGAAUUAAUUUUUAAAUAAUUAUCAAAGUCAAGAAGUAUGGCAGAAAAUGCUUUCAUGAGAGACCGGAUUAUUAUAUCUUCUUUAAUAUUUUUUCAUAUUACAUGUACAUUGUACACUAAUUAAUGCUGAUACAGAUAGGUUAGAUUACUUGGAUUAUGAUAACGUAAUCACUUCAUUCUAAAUAUAAAAGACGCAGUUAAUUAAAAGAAAUAUAAUUUGUCCAUAAUUCAUUAUAACACUUAAGUACAAUUAGACAAUGAUUAUCCCCUAUUACAAAGUAGAUAAAUUAUCAAUUUAUACACCAAUACACUCCCGAUUGAACAGGGUGUGAUAUAAGGAUACUUUCU